AAAUCCUUAUUUUUAAAAUGGCAGAGGAAUAAGUAGUGAGUGUGAAAUUUGCAAAUCAACCUAAAUUAUUUGGCAAAUGGGAUUAUGAUGAGGUUCAAGUUACAGACUAAUGUUUUAAAGAUUACAUUGCAGUGUAAACUUCAAAAUCAAGAGUUUUUGUUCCCCAUACCGCUGGAAGGUAUUUGUUUAAAUCUAUAUUAGAUAUCAACGAAAGAAGUUCAGAAAGGCAUAAUGUCCAAUAGUAGAAAGAUUGGCAGGUGCACUUAUGUUCCAUGGACGUAAUACAGGUAAAAAAGUAAAGGCUGUUGCCAUAAUAAGACAUGCAUUUGAAAUUGUACACUUGUUAACAGGUAAGAAUCCUCUUCAAGUAUUAUCAUUGGCUGUUUAAAGAGGUGGAGCUAGAGAAGAUUUCACAAAAGUUGGUACUGGUGGUGUUGCUAAAUAAUAAGCUGUCGAUGUUGCCCCUAUUAGAAGAGUCAAUGAAGUAAUUAUAAAAAUUAUAUCUCAUAUAGGCAGUACAUAAUCUUGCUAAAGGUGUUAGAGAAUCUGUUUUCAAGAAAAUGAAAACUAUUUCUGAAGCUCUUGCUGAUGAACUUAUUGCAGCAGCCAAUGAAGAUGGAUAAAAGUCUUAUACUAUUAAGAAAAGAGAUGAACUUGAAAAAGUAGCAAAAACAAAUCGUUGAUACAUAGUAUAAUAAUAUAUCUAUAUUAUAUAAAACAUAAAAACAUAUGCU